AUGGCCUACAGUAUAACCUCGGGCUCCAGCUCGAGUUCCGACGAGAUUGUAUCGUCGAUGAACCCCCACCCGCGACGUCGAGCAUACUUAGCUACUAUGCCUGUAACCGUCACCAAGCCCCGUAAGCCAAGGCAACAGCCUCCUCAGGAAAUCAUUGACGAGUUCUGGACGAAGUUUACGACCAAAACUCCGGGCAAAGCUACCACUGUCAUUCCCCAGAACGCGUACGCUGAGGGGGUUGCAAAGCGAUCUUCCAAAGCCACAGGAAUCUUCACCCAGACGUCGUACGAUGAGGCUGCGACUGUCUGCAAAGCCAAGGUUGACAAGAUCGUUCAUGAGUGUCGCCGAGUAAACCAGCGUUACAGAGACCCUCACUAUGAUAUUGAGUUUGACUUGAAAUUCGGGCGUAGAGACUGCCUCGAAUCAUUGUGGAAUACGAAGGACACGAAACCCCCGCAGUCCUCUUUUCAGCCAAAGGCUGUCAAGCGAGUGGUCGAUAUCUUCGACAACCCGCAGUUCUACAUUGACGGGCCGACAGCUGAUGAUGUGCGCCAAGGUCGAGAUGGAGACUGUUGGCUUAUGGCUGCGCUGUGCAAUCUGAGUAACAAGCCUGGUCUGAUUGAAAAGGUUUGCGUUGCACAUAAUCUAGAAGUCGGCGUCUACGGCUUUGUCUUCCAUCGCGACGGGGAGUGGUUCAGCGAAAUCAUUGACGACAAGCUGUACCUCACCAAACCCGACUAUGAUGAGCCCUACUUGGAGCGAAUUCUUUGGGAAGAUCGAGAGCGUAUCAAUUCGGAAGAAGCCUACAGGCGCAUCUAUCAGUCAAACAGUGGCGCGCUUUACUUCGCCCAGUGCGAGAAUCCUAACGAAACGUGGCUGCCGCUUCUCGAGAAAGCUUACGCAAAGGCUCAUGGAGAUUAUGCUUCCAUUGAAGGCGGAUUUACAGGCGAGGCCAUUGAGGACCUUACUGGUGGCGUAACCUCAGAGGUCUACACGACAGACAUUCUUGACAAGGAAUAUUUUUGGAAAGAGAAACUCCUAAAGGUCAACGAAGACUGGCUUCUGGGUUGCUCUACCGGAUUCGCAUCAAGAGGCCUGGGAGAACGUAAGGGCAUCAUCGAGAUGCAUGCUUACAGUGUUAUGAAGGCAGUUGAGAUGGACGAUCAAAGACUCGUUCUGCUCAAGAAUCCCUGGGGAAAAGGCGAAUGGAAAGGAGCUUGGAGCGAUGGCUCCAAGGAAUGGACUCCUGAGUGGUUGCAGAAACUCAAACAUACCUUUGGCGACGAUGGCGCCUUCUGGAUUUCUUACCACGAUCUCCUCAAAAAGUACAACAUUUUCGACGUUACACGUUUAUUUGGUUCCGAAUGGAAGGUAAUAUCCAUUUGGACAACGCUAUCGGUGCCCUGGACUCUGGACUACCACGAGACAUAUUUCGCCUUUACAAUUUCCAAGUCGGGUCCCGUUGUGAUUGUACUGGCACAGUUGGACGAUCGAUACUUCCGUGGGCUUGAAGGCCAAUACCGGUUUGAUUUGCAAUUCCGUCUGCACAAAGCCGGCCAAGAGGACUACGUCGUUCGGAGUCAAGCAUCCUACCGCAUGAACCGAUCCGUGAAUGUUGAACUUGACCUCGAAACAGGCAGCUACGAAGUUCUCGUCAAGCUGGAUGCGGUUCGAAAUGACAGUGUUCUUCCCAUCGAUCAAGUGAUUCGGAAUAAUGCCAAGGGCCGUCGAGAGAAACUGAUCCGAAUAGGGUUGGCCUACGACCUUGCUCAUAGCAAGGGGAAACUUGUUGAGUCACCUGCAGAGAAGUCAGCCAAGGAGGCAUACGAGAAGAGGCAGCGAGAAAAGCGACGUGCCGAUAUCAAACGCAAGAUACUCAAAGAGCGAGAACAAGAGCAUUACCUCAGAAUCAAAGCCAGGAAGAAGAGCCAAAAACAAUUAGCAAAGCGCAUUGCACAACACCAGGCCAUAAAGGAGAAGCUCCGUGCACACAAAAGGCCAACCCAUCCCCCUUCGCCAAAGCAAUCUGCUACCAGCGAGUCACACUCGGUUCCAGAACCACCAAACCCUGUGGCCAAAGUCAAGAUCCAGGAAGAUGAACCUAGAUCUCUCGAGAUUGCAACCAAAAAUUUGUCCUUGUCAAGCGAUGUCCGUGGACAAACCAAUGCAGGGGUCGCAGUCACUGAGGAAACACCGGUUUCUCCCCACCACAAAGUAGGAGCGAUACCGCAUGUCUAUAAGCAGGCUGCAUUGCUCGAACAAGAUAUCGAGAGGCGCCCGGAAAUUUUGACGCCCCUCAAGUCUGCGAACAAGAUAUACAGAGGCGAUAGACGCGAGGUAGUCAGCGUCAAGAGCGAGGUGCUGGAUGCUACCCUUCAAGAUGGGGAAGAGGCGAUGAGCGAAGCAGCACCUCCAUCAGAGUAUUCCGUACCUUACCCAUGCGAGUCAGACGACGAUGGCAUCGCAAGCAUAUCAUCCCUGUCAGAGCUUUCCGAGCGGGAGCUGGAGCUUGAAAUUGACGCCAUUGAAAAACGGGAGCACAGCACAGAUCGCACGCCGCCGCAGCUCGCCUCUGGAGCGCCUGCCGAUGAACAAGACGAGUUUGAGAGAGAUCCAUGGAACGCUGUGGCCGUAGUAGGACUCCGAGUAUACUCCAAGGUAUCAGUUGAAGAUCAAGAGGAGGUUAUUGUCAACCUUCGGGUCAUGCGGCCAAGCCUAUAUCCCAAAGAGGAGGCAACCCCACAAACCUCAGAGCCGGGUGACAAGAAGUCAAAAGGUCUGGAUGUGGAUGACAGCGCCAAAGACGCCACGCUUGAGGGAGAAAUUAUCCAGAGAAAGAAGAGUAUCCGGCCUCCUAGUGAGGAUCUCAGCGAUGCUUCAAAGCUGGCUCGCUCUGAUGGUGGCAGAGAAAGACGGGCCAUUCCAGGUGUUGAUUCUUUGGGAGGCGCACUCGACUUCCAAGCUUGA